AGAUUUCGGGCCCUUUUUUUCACAUUGCUUUAAAACCUCAAGUCAAGCAAUCGUCCGUCUCAGUACUUUAACUUCGUCUUCCUCGUUUGUUUCUAGAGACUUCUCUGCAAGUCAAUGGCGUCUGAUCUCGUCGCCAAGGCUAAAGAGGCUUUCAUUGACGAUCACUUUGAACUCGCCGUUGACCUAUAUUCCCAGGCCAUCCUCAUCAACCCUACCGACGCCGACCUGUUCUCCGAUCGGUCUCAGGCUAACAUCAAGCUCAAAAACUUCACAGAAGCUGUUUCUGAUGCGAACAAAGCAAUUGAGUUGGACCCCACAAAUCCAAAACCAUAUCUGCGCAAAGGCACUGCAUGUUUCAAUCUUGAAGAAUAUCUGACAGCUAAAACAGCCUUCAAAGCUGGUGCUUCUUUAGUUCCAGAUGAUACAAGAUUCAUAGAAUGGAUCCAAAAGUGUGACAAAUGCAUUGCAGAGGAAAAUGAUGAGGUACCGAUGCAAUCUGUGGACUCAGUUUCAACCCCCACUGAGGUAGUGACUACUCCUCAAGCACCUGAAAAAACCGAUGCAGCUACAAAAGAUGUGGAACAAGUAAAUAACGUCUCUACCGAAUUGGCAACAAGGACUCCUGCCAAACCAAAAUUCAGGCAUGAAUUCUAUCAGAAACCAGAGGAGGCAGUUGUGACCAUAUUUGCAAAAGGCAUACCAGCUGAGAAUGUCUCAGUUAGCUUUGGUGAACAAAUACUAAGUGUGACCAUUGACAUCCCUGGUGAAGAGGCGUACAUUUUUCAACCACGAUUGUUUGGAAAGAUAAUUCCUGCAAACUGCAAAUAUGUUGUCCUGUCAACAAAAAUAGAAAUUCGUCUUGCAAAAGUGGAACCAGUUCACUGGACAUCUCUUGAGUUUAGUAAUAACAGUUUGGUUGUAAGAAGCAGCACUGUUUCAUCAGGUAAUCAAAGACCAAUGUACCCUUCCUCGAAACCUACAAAAGACUGGGAUAAACUUGAAGCUCAAGUGAAAAAGGAGGAAAAAGAUGAAAAACUUGAUGGUGAUGCAGCUCUGAACAAGUUUUUCCGUGACAUAUAUCAAGAUGCUGACGAGGAUACAAGAAGGGCCAUGAGAAAAUCUUUUGUGGAGUCGAACGGGACAGUGCUGUCGACAAACUGGAAAGAGGUGGGAUCGAAGGAGGUGGAAGGAACUGCACCAGAUGGUAUGGAACUCAGGAAAUGGGAAUAUUAAUUAAAAGUCUCAAGGCAACUUUUGUUUUGUUUUUGUUUUGUGUGUCAUAGCUCAUAACGUUGGUUAAUCUGUUAUUCAUUUUCCUUCUACUAGUUUUGCUUUUUGUUGCUAUUUACUCUUUAAGUUUAUACAUCCUUAAGAGUUUUUUUUGGUAUAGAUGUGUUUUUGACUUUUAUGUUUU